AUGACUACUGAAGCGUGCACGGAUCUAUCUUCCGACCAUACGCCAGUCAUAUUAAAUAUGAGCUCAUCAGUGGUAUUAGUGCAACCUGCAGAAAAACUCCAUAACAAGAGUACUAACUGGGAGAUGUAUAAGGAUAAAAUCACGAUGGAAAUUAAACUCACAAAUCCAUUAAAAACGGUGGAAGACAUAGAAGAGGCUAUUGAGAGCUUCAACAAAAUAAUAUUUGAAGCAGUCACAAUUGCAACAAAAGUGCGAAAAAACUUACCCCUAACGCUUAACAAAUAUCCCAAGACGAUCAAAGACAAAAUAUCAAAACGUCGCAUUCUAAGAAAGAUAUGGCAUGAAUCUCGAUAUCCUGCGGACGAAACAGCGUUCAACAGAUCUUCGAAUGAAUUAAAAGACCUCAUUAAAAGUUUUACAAAUAAUAACCUUUAA